UGGAUGGACACACUAUUCAUGAAUAACACUGAUGUGGACGUUUUGCUGCUCUGCUUCCCACACCAGCCUGACGCCUGCUUUAAAAGAAAACGCUUCUUUAUCAUUAGAGUGGCCAUGUAUUUUUUAACACUAACUGCUAUCCUUAUGACUGUUUUUGGGAAUCUGUUGGUCAUUAUCACAAUUUCACAUUUUAAACAGCUGCAUUCACCGACUAACUUCAUCAUCCUAUCCUUGGCCUACGUGGACUUUAUGAUGGGCUUUCUGGUCAUGCCUUUCAGUAUGGUGCGAUGGGUGGAAGGCUGCUGGUUCCUGGGAGAUCUGUUUUGCCAAAUCCAUUCCAGUUUAGACAUGAUACUAAGUAUUGCCUCCAUUCUGCACCUGUGUUUGGUUUCUGUGGACAGGUACAUGGCCAUUACUGACCCCCUGUGUUAUAAGAUGAAGGUGACAAAUGGAAAUGCUUUAGUGUGUAUUGCUGUUGUUUGGAUAUUUUCUUGCAUGUAUAGCUUUGGAAUUGUGUUAUCCAAAAUUAACAUUGCUGGUCUGGAUGAGCAAAUGCUAAACAUGUGUUCUGGAAACUGUGUUUUGACUUUUAAUCAAGAAUGGGGUAUUAUCGCUCCACUUCUUAACUUCUAUAUUCCUGGAGCUAUAAUGACCUGCUUGUACCUUAAAAUUUUUCAUGUUGCAAGAAAACAGGUGAGAUUAAUUUCUGACAGGACUGUUGCACAUAAAUCUGGUGAGAAAAAAAAACAAGUAUCAGAACAGAGAGAGAGAAAAGCAGCUAAAACUCUGGGCAUCGUCAUGGGUGUUUUCCUGUUGUGCUGGCUACCUUUUUUUCUCGCCACUGUUAUUGAUCCAUUUCUCAACUUUUCAACCCCUCUCGAUGUUUUCGAUAUGCUGGAUUGGUUUGGUUACAGUAAUUCCAUGUUUAACCCUCUGAUCUAUGGAUUUUUCUAUCCAUGUUUUAAAAAAGCAUUUAAGAUCAUUAUUGUAAGACACCUGUUCUGCUUUAAAAGCUCAAACAAUUUAGUGCUUCAGUGA